AUGGAUCUGUUGUUUCGGUGGCUCCUGGGCAGCGGCUAUCCUCUCUCUCCCUCCCUGUUGGUGAUGGCCAUGGCACGGUGGCCGACGGCAGCUUGCUCCCGCCGUCCCACCGCCGAUCUGGUGCGGCCUUCACCGGACCCGGUGGCCCUAUGGCUGGAUCUGACGAGCCCCAAGACGGAGGGCCCUCUCAUGGAGGCAAGCAGCGGGGCGGCGCACGAGCGUGGGUGGCGAAGCGCCGGGAAGCUCGUGCUUGGCAUGCUGCAGUGCCGGCAGUGUCUGAUGCGACUACGAGAGGUUCACCAGCGCGGUCUCGACGGUGGCGACGGCGGCGUGGGCUCGUGCACCGGCAUGGGCCCGGUGGUGCCUACUGCGCAUGGAGGUGGCCCUGCUGUGCUGCUGUCUGCAUUUGCCUGGCGGCACAGGGCUGGCUUCGAACCUCCGCUGGCUGGGCCCAACCGAGCAGCGAAAGCGUCAUGCCAAGUGCGCGGGGAGGCGCUCCACCUCCGCUUGGUUAUUUUGGUUCCUGGUGCUAGCUCCUCCAUUGGCUUUGUGCAAUGA